UCCUAUCAGUGCUAUUCAGUAAUACUUAACGUGACUUAUAUAUCUGAAUAUGUAGUUUUUGUGGAUGAAUAAAAUAAGCGUUAACAGUUUGUUUAAGUUAUGAUAUUAAUCAACAGCUGAAUAUCAUUAAUGUUUAAAUUUCUAAGAUGCUUGGACCCAACAAUUUUUGCCAUUUACUGAUUUAUUAUUUGCCAACAGAGAUGAGAUUAUCAUUGAUAGCUGUAAGAGUAAUGUGUCGUAUUCUGAAUUUUUAAUAAAGGAUGCCUUCACCUUUAUCACAAAAUAUGCAUUUUCAAAAAUGUUUAACAAAUGCAUGGUUUAACAAAAAGCUUUGUAAAUUCAACAUACAUUAUCCAGUCAAACAUAAAAGCAGCAAAAUUGGAGAUAUCUACAGAACAGCUUUUAAAUUAACUAAAGAUCAAUUUGUACAUAAUACUUUGGGCUUCAAUCAGUAUGUUUUAGUUAAUCUUAAGAGGUUGCAUCAUCACUGCCCAAAGAAAUAUCCUCCAUGGAAAAUUCUGUUUUAUGGAACUGACGAGUUUUCCUUGCAAAGUCUCAAAGUCCUAAAUGAAAACAGACUGAAGAAACAUGUUACUGAUCAAGCUGUUGAACAGUUGGAGGUUGUUUGUUCACAGAAAAACACUCCUGUUCAUCAAUAUGCAACAAAAAACAACUUGGUAGUCCACUGGUGGCCAUUUGCUGUCCCCCCUGGAGUUUUUGACGUUGGUGUGGUAGUAUCAUUUGGACAUCUAAUACCACAACAGGCAAUUCAGUCAUGUCAUUAUGGAAUGGUCAAUGUCCAUGCAAGUCUCUUACCUCGAUGGCGUGGUGCAGCCCCAAUAAUUCACACAGUUCUUAAUGGAGAUACAGAAACUGGAGUAACAAUUAUGCAACUUUCUCCCAAAUGCUUUGAUAUUGGAAGAAUUCUAUUACAACAAAAGAUAGAGAUACCACAUAAAGCAACUAGCAAAGAGUUGUAUGCCCUUCUUGCACCUUUAGGAGCUCAGUUGUUGAUAAAGUGCCUAACUAGGCUACCAUAUUACCUAGACAACAGUGUUCCACAACCAAAAAGUGGAGUAACAUAUGCACCAAAGGUUCAUCCAUCAAUUGGAAUUGUUCUAUGGGAGAAAAGUUGUUGUGAGCAUGUUGAUUACCAGUACCGAGCUCUUAAUGGAAUUACUUAUCUGUUUACUUACUGGCAAGGACAGAAAGUCAAACUUCUCGACAAAGUAGAUCAAUCGGAGAUUGUAGAUGCUAAACUUCACAUCUUGGUACCCCAUGAAGUAACUCCUGGAACUUGCUAUUUCCACAAGAAAAGACGAAUAAUGUGCAUCAAGUGUAAGGAUGGGUGGGUAGGAUUCAGAACUUUUUUUAUCUAUGGGAGAAAGAAAAUGUCAGCAGACGAUUUUUAUAAUGGUUUUUUGUCAAAAGUGUCUUGUGAAAAAUGGGUUGUGAAAUCAGAAGAACCUACAUGACAAGGCUUACUUUGGUAUCUAUGUUUCAGGUUCAUUGAACAUUUGAAAAUGAAACCCAUUAUCAGUACAUUAUCAUUGUAGCAUUUGGAGUAAAAGUGGAUAAGAUAAAUAACUUUUGUGUUUGCAUUCUUUAUCUUAAGAUAAUGAAGCUCAGAAAAAUAAAUUACUUUAAAGCAAUGAGUGAUUAAUAUCAAAAAUGUUAAAAAAGUAAAAUUGUAUAGAAAUUAUCACUAUGACAUUUAUUUUUAAGAGAAUAGUACUUUUAAACAUUAUGAUAUUUAAUUACAUUAAUUAUCUAACUGUAUUUAACUUUUGAGCUGCAAAAUAUCUAAUGUCUUCAGUGUAGUGUAACUUAGAAAAUUUUAUAGUAAAUUUAUUUAAAAUUAUUACAGCAAUUAUGCAUAAUCAAGUCAAAAGUCAGUUAUUUCUCUCAUACUCUGAAAAUUAUAUAAUAUCCAAACAAAUGUAUUUUAAACAACAUGCUGAGGAACAUUAUUUUAUUUCAUUUAACAAAUACACAAUCCAGGUUAAUCUUGGUCCUUGACUGUUUGGUGUCUGAUAAAUUUAUUGUGGCAGACUAUAUAUAUAUAUAUAAAGAAAUGUGACUUUUGGAGAUAAAUCACCUUAAGAACU